CUGACUUUGCAAAUGCAGGAACCAACACGUCUUUUCCAUGCUGUAUCUGGAAUUUCUUCAACUUUCGGAUGCCUUUUGGAGCCUCAGUUAUAAAGGAUAUAGAUUUUCAGAAGCUGCUUGAAGGAUGCUCACGUUUUAGAGCAAGUGACGGAUAACGCGGCGGACAUGGACCAUCUGUACAGAAACCAGCAUGCCCGCCAGACUCAUCAGGUGCUACAGAGCACACCACUGGACCUGAUUGAGACAGGAAAGGGGCUAAAGGUCCAGGCAGAGCGCCCCCAUCUGGUCAGUCUUGGGAGUGGCCGUCUUAGCACAGCCAUCACACUGCUGCCCCUGCCUGAAGGAAAGACAACUUUGGGCCAUGGAGCUAUGGACAUAAACAUCCAGGGUCCUGGAGUUGCUGCCCAGCACUGCUACAUUGAGAAUAAGGCUGGCGUGAUCACACUGCAUCCCUGUGGGAACCAGUGCAGCAUGGAUGGACUUCCAGUCACCAAGCCUGUACGCCUGUCUCAAGGCUGUAUGCUGUGUUUUGGCCAGUCAUCCUUUUUCCGCUUCAAUCACCCCGAGGAGGCGUUCAGGAUGAAGAGCAUGAGGAUGGAGGAACAGCACACAUCUAGCACGAUGAGAAGAGUCCAUACAGACUCUGAGAGCCUGGUCAAUGGGAACCAUCAGUCAGAAGCACCCGAGUCUCACCCAGUCCCCAAAGAGAGAGUGCGACCUGAGCACAGUGCAAUUGUUAGUUCCAUUGAGAAGGACCUUCAGGACAUUAUGGACUCCUUAGUCAUGGAUGAUGCCCAACCUUCCUCCUCCUCUGAGCCUAAGAAGCCUUCUGGGCCCCCCGCUGCCCAGUCCCCACUUUCCCCACUGUUAAACGGAGGCGGCCGGUACCUCCUCUCACCCCCCACGAGUCCUGGUGCUAUGUCAGUGGGCUCAAGCUAUGAGAAUACCUCUCCACCCUUCUCUCCUCUCUCCUCACCCUCAGCUGCCAGCAGUGGCAGCUUCACCAGUCCUUCGCCCAGUGGUUGUCCGGACCAGAUUUCCUCUCUGCCUCCUGUGCCAGUCAGGUCCUCCAGUUACAAUUACACCAGCCAGCCACCUGUACCUCAGCCUAGGACCAUGUUGCCCAACCACACCGGAAGUCAGAAGGUUCCAGAGAGUCCUCGGCUCCAGAGGAGGGCUCUUCUGGAAGCUCCUCCUAGCCCAAAGCCCACCCGCAGGGGUCUGAGUCAGGAUAACCUACUAGGAAAGGCUCCGGACAGCCCCAGACUGCCCCCUACUUUGUCUUCAGUCUCCAUAUCUGCUGUAUCCAAUGAUGUCCCAUCUCUUGGUAGGAUAGUGGUACCUGGUAGCCCCAAGUCUACCCCCAAAUUCACCACCACAUCUCCUUGUUCCUCUCCGUCAAGUCCCAGGUUAAAGAUAGUCAACAGUCUUCAAGAUCGCCCAUCCAGCCCAUUCUGCGAGCAACCCCAGCUGGACCACUCGCCCACCUCCAGCCCGUCCCAGCAACUCUCUCCUCCACCUCGAGCCUUCCAGCCUCCCCUGGACCCCAUCGUCCACAUCAUCCAGCCUCAGCCACAGCCACGCAACCUUCAGCCUCCAGAAAGUCCUCGGCUGGCCCGAAGGAACUUCGAGGCUGCCUGUGGCAACAGCAUGAGGGAGCUGCCCCCUCUGAGCCCAUCUGUGGCCCGCAGAGGGGUACCUGUGCUGCCUGGGGCUCUCCCGGGGACCCUUCGGACCCCAGAGAGUCCGUCCACCAAAACAGUCCCAGAUAGCCCUAGGCUUAGACGCAAAGCUGCCUCCCCUACUGAGGAGCUGUUCAGCCCCCGUUUGGUCCGUGCACGCAGCCCCUCGCCCACAUCCUGUCUGUUGGAGGGCAACAGUGGGCGAAAAGGAAGCUUUGGGAACACCUUGUCUCCAGCCUUCAGUCUGGGCUCUUUACCCGGUUCUUCACCCCUGGCCAGCCCCAGGAGCCACAGGAAGAUGUCGGCAGGUCACAGGGAUUUCCGCCUGGCCCACCCGGGAAUGAGGGAGCGCAAGAACAGCAUCACAGAGAUCAGUGACAAUGAGGACGAGCUGCUGGAGUACCAUCGGCGCCAGCGUGAGGAGCGUCUCCGCGAGCAGGAGAUGGAGAGACUGGAGCGUCAACGGCUGGAGACCAUCCUGAACCUGUGUGCGGAGUACAAUAAGGGAGACGAGCCGGCCAUGGGUUUCUCUGGAUUGGGUUCGGGCGAGGCAGCAGGCAUCAGGCGACCCUCCAUGGACACAGCCUUGUUGAGGAUGGCGCCCAGGCAGAGGGAGAGCGAUGAGGAGAAUGUGAGAGAGGAGUGCAGCAGCACAGAGAGCACACACCAGGAGGUGAGGACAACACACGCCCUGCUGAACGGAGACAAUGCACAGGUGGAAGACUCUGUGUUGUCUGGUGGUGGGUCCACUCUGGAGCUGGGCUAUCUGGAAGAGGAGCGGGUGCGAGUGCUGGCGAGGGUUGAUGAGCUGAAAGUUCGUAUUACAGAGCUGGAACAGCAGCUACAGGAGUCCAAGCAGGAGGCGGAGAUGGAGAGGGCUUUACUGCAGGGUGAGAAGCAGGCAGAGCUUGAGCAGAUCGAGGCUGAGACUGAAGUCAUCAGUCAACUGCAGCACAGACUCAAUGAACUGGAGAAUGCCAUUCAGAGGGAGAAAGACAAGGCAUGCUAUUCUCCAGGAUGGCCACUCCAGACCUAUGCUGGUCGCUUUUGCCAUCCCCAGGAAAGAGCUAAUGUUGACACCAAGAGGGAAGCCCUGGAGAGGCUUCAGGACACCUACAAUGAGUUGAAGAGCCAGCUCCAUAACUGCCCUGAGUCUCUAAGGGAGCAGUUACAGGAACAACUCAAAAGGGAAGCAGAGACUCUGGAGGCAGAAACAAAGCAGUUUGAGGACCUUGAGUUCCAGCAGCUGGAAAAGGAGAGCAGUCUGGAAGAGGAGCGCGAGACCAUCUCCCAGCAGCUCUUGCAGGAAAGGUCUCAGUACCAGAGCAGCGUGACCAAGCGGAAGGAGAAGGUGGCAGCGCUGGAGAACCAGGCCAGUCAGCUGGGCUUGCAGGCCGCACAGGAGUGUGAGAGGCUGUCCAAGGACAGGAGUGUCACGCUGCAGCUGCUUCAGAAGGAGAAGGAGCGUCUAGCUUGUCUGGAGAAGAGAUACCUCAGCCUAACUGGAGGCAGAACUUUCCCUAAGAGCUCCAACACAAUGAAGGAGGAGUACUGCAGGAUGGAGGAUGUUUAUAGGAUGUAUAAGAGCAACCCUCAGCUCAGCAGCUCCACUCAGCACGGCCUUUCACUUACGCUUCACCCAGCUGUAGCUGCUGCCCGCGAGGAGUACGUAACUGUCGGCCAAUUAAACCAGAUCUAUGGGAUGCCAAAGGUGGACUCCUCCCCCACCUCUCCUGCCCAAUCACGUCAGCUUCCUUUCACUGAGCCUGCAUUUUCCUGCCUUCCCUCCCCUCAUGGCUCCUCCCUUUCUCUUUCUUUUGAGGCUCAGCCAGAGUGGCUCAGGCCUCAGAUGGCUGGUCUAGAUUUAGAGCGCUGGUAUCAGGAGGUGAUGGAGGCUGGAGACUGCAGCCCGCUCUGCCCCCCUCCUCUACCGGCCAAAGGUCACUCACGCAGGCCUCUGCAGGUGUACCGCUCCAGGCUGGACAGUGAUGCCAGUCAGUCAUCGCUGAGGCCAAAGGUCAACACUGGCCUGUCGCCCACCUACACCACUGCGACACUCGGCCGUAACACUUCGUCCAGGAGUCCUCUGAUGGUGGCUAACAGCACCGGCAGUCUCCCUCGCAACCUGGCAGCCACCCUACAGGACAUCGAGAUAAAGCGGCAACUGGCCCUGCAGCAGAAAGGGCAGCAAGUGAUAGAGGAGCAGAGGCGGCGUCUGGCUGAGCUGAAGCAGAAGGCUGCAUUGGAGGCUCAGUGCCAGUGGGAGGCGCUGCGGGGCUCGCAGACGCAGCUCAACAGCCCUCAACUGCUGACUGCGCCACCCCCUCUGGUGCACCACUCAAUCCUGCACCACACAGCACCCUCUGCUGGAGAGCCGGCCUAUGACACACUCAGCCUGGAGAGCUCCGACAGCAUGGACACAAGCAUCUCCACCGGCAACAACUCAGCCUGCUCGCCGGACAACAUGUCCAGUGCCAGCGGGAUGGACGUGCUGAAGAUUGAAGAGAUGGAGAAGAUGUUGAAGGAAGCUCAGCUGGAGAAAGCCAGACUCAUCGAGUCCAGAGAGCGAGAGAGCCUGGCCCGUAAACAGCUGCUGGAGGAGGAGAGGAGGAGGAGGGAGGAGGCGGAGAAGAGGUUGCAGGAGGAGACGGUGCACCGGCAGCAGCUGAUAGAGAAGGAGGUGAAAAUGAGGGCAAAGAACUUCUCGCAGGCUCGGCCCAUGACGCGCUACCUGCCCAUCCGCAAAGAGGAGUUUGACCUGCGCUCGCAUGUGGAGUCUUCGGGCCACAACGUGGAAACCUGCUACCACGUCAUCCUCACCGAGAAGAUGUGCAAGGGCUACCUGGUCAAGAUGGGCGGCAAGAUCAAGUCAUGGAAGAAGCGCUGGUUCGUCUUUGAUCGCCUCAAAAGGACGUUCUCCUACUAUGUCGAUAAGCACGAGACCAAGCUGAAAGGAGUCAUCUAUUUCCAGGCCAUAGAGGAGGUUUACUAUGACCAUUUGCGCAGUGCCACAAAGAAAGGAUUUUUCAACCUGAACUUGACAAAUAGCCCCAAUCCUUCCCUGACGUUCUGUGUGAAGACCCACGACAGACUGUACUACAUGGUGGCUCCUUCUGCAGAGGCCAUGAGGAUCUGGAUGGACGUCAUAGUGACAGGAGCAGAGGGCUACACGCAGUUCAUGAACUAAAGAAAGGGCACCCCCUAACCCCACCCACCCACCCGAAAAAGGUCAAAUCAGAAACGGUUUCGGCAGGGAAACUUCAAAUGACCCCUCCUCUUGUUUACUGGGUCUACUGACUCUUGAUGAGGGGCAAAGCCUUUUUUAUUUUGUAUUAUGUUACUGGUUCUUUAUUUUCCUUCUUUUCUUCUUUUCUUCUUUUUUUUAAUAAGUUGUAUAUUCAGCACGACUGUACAGAUUCACGUUCUUCACAGGUUUUCUGUGUCUGCCUGGAUUUAAAAAGGGAUUCCUAGAAGACGAACCUGAGAAGCAAUCUUGCGCGCGAUUGGCUGAGAGAGUCGCUGUGAAACUGCCUUUUUUGCCACAGCCUAGUAUUCCACAGCUGUUCUUUGAGUAUGCAUAACUGUUUGACGAGCUUUUUUGUUAAAUUGUUUCUAUGAUUUUCUUUCCCACAUUUGAGAUGUGAUAUUGCCAAAAUGACAUUAAGCCAUUGUGGAACGUUUUUUGUAAAAACUGAUUCUGUGGCUUUGACUGACAGAGAAUAAGAGAGGUUAUAAGAGGUAGUACAUUCUAGAGAUACUGUCAAAUAUAUCAGUAUAGCAUUAAUGUGAGAUUUCUACCAGAGCUCUAGACAAACAUCCAGUGUCACAAAACAAAAACCUUCACCAAAGUUCACCCACCAGCUCGCGAAACUCACUUCAUCCAUGUGUAGACCGUCGCCGACAGCUCUUGUUUGCCUGUGUCCAACUUUGUAUGUCUUCGCGUUGCCAGCACAAGCAAACCCUGUGCACACACACACACACACACACACACACAUCUCUGAAGCACCACUGCAGUGAGUCUAUUUGCCAAGUCCUGACCACUUGAUCUUCUGGCUUGACCCCUCAAGGAAGCAGCCAUCUUCUCCACUGCCACCCGAAGGACAAACGACAUAGAAGAUAGUAGAUGAAACUACCGGACGAAAAACAUGGAAAACACUACUGGACAUUACUGUAAUAAUGCAAAUCAUUCAGUGCCUUGAUAUUUCCCCACAAUUCAUCACUGAGUCCUGAAGUCAGCGGCUAGCUGGACCACAAAACACCUGAAACACAAAACUGACUUUAAGUGUUACUUUCAUUGGCAAGAGAUGUAUCGUGGUGACAGUUCUUAACAGAUGUUUGCACAUGGCAUGUAGUCGGAUCAGUGAAAAAAAAAGCGAUGAGUGAUCACAAAUGGUGAUGUGUCAGCUUUAAUAGAUUAUUUAAAGAAAAAAAAACAACAAUCAAUGUAUUUGUAACUUAUAAAGUCAUGAUAUGUGGAAACUCUUUGUAAUCUGCCUUGGCUCGCGUCAGCUCCGGGAGGGGGAGACUUCAUCUUCUGGACUGAACUAUGCUGUGAUUUCACAUCUGGAGAGUUUUUCCAUGCCUUAGUGUGGAAAAAAAACAGGUUUUAUUUGUAAUGAGUUUUGUUUAUGUAACAGCUACGACACUGUUAGAAUAAGACCAACGUGCUCUUUUUUUCUGAAAUCCAACUGUGUAUAUUCAAGUUGUUGAAAAAUGGCCAAAAACCAGUCGCCAUUAACGUUGAUCCUAAUUAGUUUACCUUUUUUUUUUUUAUUUUAUUUUAAGCAUCAGAUAAAUAUUUCCACACAGCUGGAUGAAGAAACUGAAUUGCUCACACUUCUGUUGUGUUUCUUUAUUUAAAGGGGGAAUUGCACCAUUUUUUGUUCAUAUUUCUGCAUAAUUACAUCAUUAAGAUGUAAACAAAGGCUUUAAGAGUGGCUUGAUCUGAAACGCUCCGUUUUAUUUCUAGAAAUGUACAGUCAGAACUGUUCACGGUGGUGGUGAGAGGAACCAGACAUCUGAUGAGCUUAGUGCCUCUAAAAGGUUAAAUCACAUAAAUAUGAAGUGGUUAGGAAUACACUGCCUGAUGUCUGAGACGUAGUUUAGAGAUAAGAGUUUGAAUGAACAUAUUAAAGAAAAUAGAGGUCACCAUGACUGGUUCUGAUCUCCACCUCUGUAAAGAAAACUAAAUGUUUCUCUACAAUGAGCCAUUUCACAUCAGAUCACUCUGAAUGACUGUUUACAUCCUAACAAUGAAUAAUUAUCUGAGUUAUUCAGAAAUGUUGACAUUCAAUUUAAGUGUUGGAUUGUGUACACAUACACACCUGGUCUGAAAGUCACUGGGAUGCACACACAUGCACAGAUACACACAAACCACAGACACACAAAUGCUCGCUCCAACAAGAGUUUUCUGUCAAUAACAACACACUCAGACACGCUGACACUAUGUUGAUAUGAUGGUACUUUCCAUACGGCACUUUGGAUGGACUUCAUGGAGUUUUUUCAGGUUUAUUAAAAAGAACAGAAACCUCCCGUUCUCUCGUCUCUUGUUGAAAUGGCUAAUUCAGCCGUAAUCGUGCUCCUGAUCGCUGCGUGCUACGAGGCCACAGAGCUUUCAGAAAGAACUUCAUUACCCAGGAGUCUUUCAGUGUGUAAUGGUGCUGCUUUAAAUGAAAGCACACUGCAACGCUCCGCUCAGAUUUGGGGAAUACAUUUCGCUUUAAUUCACAGUCGAUAUAAAAGAAAUUAAUGAGUGUCUACAUUCUUCACAUGGCAUGAACUUUCUUCAAGAUAAAUUAAGAAGAACUACUCUUGAAGGGUUUCAUCCCAAAAUGCAUUAUGGACUAUUUUCAGGAACUGUUGUUGGGAAGAAAACACCAAAUACUUUUAUCAGAGAAGUAAUAAUGUGUCGUUGUACAUCAGCGGUGAUGCGCGUCAAUAACUUCUAUCCAAAGUCCUUACAAAAGGAUAUAUAACAUUUUGGAAUGAAACUCUUCAGUCAGCCUGCAAAAUGUAUUGAAACUGAAUUUGGUUUUUAAAAAUCAGCAAAGUUACGUGACUUUAGGUUGAAGUCUGUUCAAUGCUCAACAGUUACUUGUCCGGUCUGCUGGACUUUAGAUCAUCACCUGAAAAAGCAAAUUCACAAGCCAAAUGACUGUUGUCCAAUGAGAAAUCUGUGAACUUCCUAUGAAAAAUUUGGGACAGCUUUGGUAAAAUUGUGUUUUGUUGAUUUUCUAAGUGAAAAAAAAAUCCUCUACAGGGAGAAGACAAAUAUGAACAAUUGCACACGACUGUAUACACAGCAGUUGUUUAUGGACAGAAUACGGCGAUGUGCAAAUCCCUACAUUGAAUUAAAAACAGUACUAAAACAACAUGUUGAAAGACACAAUAAAUGCCGCAACUGAGAAA